CCACAACCUUCACCAACACUAGCACCAGCACCAGCCUAAGCACCAGCACAGGUACCAGCACCAGCACCAACUCCAGCACCAGCACCAGCACCACCAUCAUCACCACCACAAGAACUUGCACUAGUACAAUAGCCGGCACUGGCCCAUGCUCCAGUACUAGCAGUGGUACAAGCACAAGUACAAGCACAAGCACCAGCACCAGCCUAAGCACCAGGAUAGGCACAAGAUACAGUACCAGCAUCAGAACUAACACAAAAACCAGCACAGGCACCAGCACCAGCACCACCUGCAGCACCAGCAGUGGUACAAGCACAAGCACAAGCACCAGCACCACUACAAGCAACAACAGCACUGGCACUGGUAAAACCACCAGUACAAGAACAAGCAACAGCACCAGCAGCAGCACCAGCACCAUCACCAGUACCAGCAUUAACACCACCACCCGCACCAGCACAGGCAACAGCACCAGCAAAAGCACCACCUGCAGUACCAGCACCGGUAGAAGCACAAGCACGAGCACCACCACCUGCACCAGCACCAGCCUAAGCACCAGGACAGGAACAAGAGCCAGUACCAGCACCAGAACUAGCACAAGCACCAGCACCAGCACCAGCAGUGGUACAAGCACAAGCACAAGCACCAGCACCACUACCAGCACCACCACCAGCACCAGUACCAGCCUAAGCACCAGGACAGGAACAAUAGCCAGUACCAGCACCAGCACCAGCCUAAGAACCAGGACAGAAAAAGCACCAGCACCAGCACUAAAACCAGUACAGGCACCAGCCCCAGCACAGGCACCAGCACCAGCACCAGUACCAGUACCAGUACCAGCACUGGCACUGGUAAAACCACCAGUACAACAACAAGCAACAGCACCAGCAGCAGCACCAGCACCAUCACCAGGACCAGCAUUAACACCACCACCCGCACCAGCACAGGCAACAGCACCAGCAAAAGCACCACCUGUAUACAGGCACCAGCAGACGCGCCAGUACCGCCCAGCCACGAGCACAAGCACCAGCACCACUACCAACACCACCACCAGCACCAGUACCAGCCUUAGAACCAAUACAGAAAAAAAAACCAGCACCAGCACCAAAACCAGCAAAGGCACUGGGACAGGCACAAGCACCAGUAUCACCACCACCACCAGCACCACAACAAGCACCACCACCAGCACAAGCACCAGCCUAAGCACCAAGACAGGCACAAGUACCAGCAUCAGCAAAAGCAACGGCACAGGCACCAGCACCAGCACCACCACCGGUGCAAGCACCAGCACAAGCACAAGCAUUAGCACCAACACUAGCACCAGCACCAGCACUAGUACAGGCACCAGCAGAGGCACUACCCCAGGAACCAGCACUAGCACCAAGACCACCACCAGUAUCAGCACCAGCCUCAGCACCGAGUCCAGCGCAAGAACCAGCACAAUCUCUAGCCCCAGCACUAGUAAAAGCACCAGCACAAGCACCGCCACCAGUCCAGGCACCAGCAGAAAAGACAGCACCAGCACAAGAACAAGCAUCAGUUCCAGCACUUACACCACCACCAGCACCGGCCCAGGCUCCAGCACAAGCACAUGCUCCAGCACAAGUGCCGACACCGGCCUAGGCGCCAGCAGAAGCACCAGCACAAGACCGGGUCCAGCACAAGCACAAACACCAGCACCAGCCUAAGCACGAGCCUAGGCACCAGCCUAAGCACCAGCCUAAGCACCAGCCUAAGCACCAGCCUAAGCACCAGCAGAAACAGCAGCACCAGCA